AUGCAAGAAACAAGGAGUCAAAUAGAUACUGUAAGACGUAUAGCAAACAAUGCACGUACGGGAUUGGAUACUUUACGAGAAGCACAAAAUACACUAAAGGAAGCAAAUGAUAUUCUUGGCUCAGUAUCAGACAUGCAUGAAGAUUGGCUUAAAGGUAUUGACAAAUCUUUAAAAAAUCACAGUCAGUCUAUUGCUGACUACAAGAAAAGUAUAGAUUUUUUACAUAGUGCUAUGGACGUCCAUGAUGGAAGCAUAAGGAACUUACUUAAUGCUAACAAUAACUUACCAGGAACUAUUAAAGCAUUUAUAAAGUCCUUUGUAAAACCUGGUGCUCUAACAUUUAGGUCUUUGAGAGCAAGAGCAUUGAAGUCAAGAGAUGCAGAAACUCCAACAGAACCUACAGAAGGAACUGAAACAACAGAAACUCCAGAAGAACCACCAAAACCAACAGCUAAUGAAAUAUUGUUCGAAUAUUUUCCAAGGUACUCUGUUCUCAUUGCAUACAUUCAAGAAAUACUUAAGAAAGCAGACUUGACUUUAGGAGAUGAUGAAAGUUCUGUAUAUCUUUCGUUCCAGUUUCAAAUAGCAGAACUUUUGAGACAGAUAUGCUUAAUGUAUGACAACAUCUCUGAUUUCACAAGAUAUGAUGACGACCAUGACCCCGAACACGGUGAAGAAGAAGUUUUACAAACAUCCAUUAAGACAGGAAAGGUUUUAACUCAAAGUCUCAUUAUUGACACCAAAGAUGGCGAAGUGGACGUUCUUCAAGAGCUGAAGAAAAAUACUUCUUCGGGAGGUGGUGGUAGGCAUGAACUUGAAAUAAAUGAGAUAGAAGAGAAAUUAGCCGAAAAAGCAGAUAAAAACCAUGUUCAUUAUAUAACUUCAGACGAACAGAUUAUAACGGACUACCAUGGAUAUUUAACACAGGAUGAACAAAUAAGCACUGAAGAUGUUAAUGAAAGAAGAUAUAAAUUCAUUCGUGCUAAAGGUUAUGACAUACACUGUACUGUACAGUAUGACACAGGUAAAGCACCAGAAGCAUUUGGUUAUAACGAUGAAAUUUAUGCUUCAUACUUCUUUGUUAACGGUGUAUUAGUUGAACCAAGAUUUACUUUGAGAGUUAAGGCAAAAAUAACGUUUGAAGAUGCUAUUAAAAGUAAAGCUGACAAAGUUGAACUUGAAGCAAUGAACAAAGUUUUGAAAUCUCAUAAACACAACAUCUCCGAUAUAAAUGAACUUCAAGCUACAUUAAAUAGUAAAGCUGACAAGAACCAUACACAUAAAUCCUUCACUACUGUUAGAGCAGACGACAUAAUAUUGAACUAUACCCUUGGUUCAAGUGCACCUUUAAAGAAUCCAAGUACAAGCGUAAAAGAUACACUAAACUCCUUAAAUAACAAAUGUAUGAAUAUCGAAGGUCAUGUCAGAAACUUUGAAACACAUGAACUACCAGCAAUGUUAGAUAAGAAAGCUGACAAAGAACAUACACAUAAAUCCUUCACUACUGUUAGAGCAGACGACAUAAUAUUGAACUAUGAUUUGGGUUCAAGUGCACCUUUAGAGAAUCCGAGUACAAGCGUAAAAGAUACUCUUAACAAUUUAGAUAACAGUUGCAGGAAUAUCGAAGAUCAUGCCAGAAACUUUGAAGCAUAUGAACUACCAACAAUGUUAGAUAAGAAAGCUGACAAAACAGAGCUUCAAACAUUAAAGACUGAAAUACUUCAAACAUUAUAUCCUAUAGGCUCUAUUUAUACGUCAAUGAACUCAACAAAUCCAGAAACAGUUUUGGGUUUUGGUAUGUGGAAGCAGAUUGUAGAUAAAUUCUUAUACUGUGCUAACUCUUCAAAGCAAACAGGAGGUUCGAAGAAAAUUAAAGAAGCAAACCUUCCACCGCACACUCAUACAGGAACUACAAACACAACAGGUAGUCAUUCACAUUCAAUAACAAAAAGAGGUUAUACAAAUCUUGCAGCAGGUUCGGAUAGACAGGAAUGA